UAUUACAUUAAAAAAAACUCUCAAAUGCUUCAACGGUUUGUUGAAUGUAAUAUAAAAUGAAACAUUUCUUGUAAACGUUUGUUGCGCUUCCGACCAGUUGUAUUGAAACCCUCUCUACUCUGUGUGCGGAAGUGAUAUUUUUGGUGUUGCUGGUUCGGGUGGUUGUGCGCGCAGCUUCGCAGAUCUCCACGACUAUCCGGAAGCGCGUCUGGCAAAUAUGUGUUAAAAUCAAACGAGCUGCGUGACGUUCUGCGUAAAACGAGCGCACCCCACACCUCCACCAAACACCCUCCUCCUCCUCCGCCUCCUCGUCCACCGCUGAUACCCACUGAAGUGUCAGUGGUAAACUUCGUCCUGUCUGCUGAAAGAGAAACCAUUUCAUCCGUGUUCACAGUGUAAAUCUAGAUGUUCCGGGUGCAAUCAUGGCUGAGGGUGUUGGGUUUGAAGCCCAGUUCACGUCUGUUAUGCAAAGCGUGCUGAGGACGGCAGUUGGGGAAGCGACGAAACUUUUCGAGCAGACUUUGCACCAAAUGAAAGCAGAGCUGGUGCACCUGAGACAGGAGAACUUCGAUCUGAAGAGCAGGAUUUCCACUCCUCCACACAAGACAAGAGAAGCAGAAGAGGCAUGUCCAAAAGCUGAGCAUGCCAAACGCGAUGUUGGGGUUCAGUGCGAAAAACCCACCAUGAUUGAACGAUGCUGCAGCCCAGCUCCUUUCGGUGAUCGUCUAAACCUGCGACACAUCGCGAAUGAGCGUCUUGAAGAUCUCUGUUCCAGCAGCUCAGAAGAAGGAAACAGGCAACUUGCGUUGCUUCUUAUUAAAAAAGAGCCUCAGGAAACUGACUGCGAUGAAUAUGCACCAGGAUACUUCUUACUAAAGCAAGAGGGGUCCGAGCCAAUAUUGGUUCGUAAAGAGCCCUUUAAAAACACCAUGGAAAAAGUUUUGAUCCCCUCAGCAAUCCAAACAGUGAGCAGAAGCCACGGAACCCAAAAAGAAAUAUCAACCACUAAUGCGUCAUCACCCAAGACAACUGCUUUCUGUAAUUUUAGAACAGACUCAUUAAGUAACGGUGUAGACUACACUGAAAUUAUGUCAAAGGUUAGUGGCUAUUCGUCUUUGCAGAGUGAUACAGGAAGACAAAACAAGUGUGCCUCAACUAAAAAGUCAACUUUGUCAGGACUGCCGUCGAAUUUAACCCAGCUACUUCCUUCAGUUAGUGUAUCUGCCUCGGCGGUGCUGACUAGCAGACUAGGUCAGAUGUCAACAUCCAGAGCUCAGCAACUAACACCAUCUGUUCAAAUCGAAGAGUCACACUUUAGUGUACCUUCAUCCCAGCAAAUUGUUCAAAAUAACCAGCAGUCUACUGCUAUGGCACAGUUUGGCCCUAAACUGGUUAAGCCCUCUCUCCCUCAGAACCAGAACCCAAUAACAGAAUUUUGCCCCCCUGGUCAAUUAUUACAAGCCCUGCUUCCAGUCACAGAUAAAAGAUUUUCAGUCAGCAACUCGGUCACAUCUUUAUCAGAGUCUUCCACUUCCACAAAGCUUUCAGUCUCUCACACUCAAACUGGACAGAAUUUGACACAGCUAGGACAUUUCCCAAGUCCUCGGGUCCAGGCUUCUUUCCAUACAGACCAGCAUUCUGGGCAGGUUUCUACUUCAGUAUCUCAGAUUUUACCACUACUAAACCAGGUCCCAGUUUCACAAACCCAAGUUCCUGUUCAACCAGGUGUUCACCUUACACAUACAGCAACCAAUGCCCCGUCUCAAGUGCUUGUUCAAUCAAAUGACAUGCUUCCACCAAACUCGCAAAGUUUAACUCAACAAGGCCACUUACCUUCGGUGCCUCAUCAUGAUCUGACCCCAUCAACUCAUCCAUUUUACUCUUUGACUCAUGCAUCAUUUGCUCCUCCUUUCAUUCCUCUUCAGUCAGUAAAACCUUCUGUUCCUCCAAAUUCGAUUUCCCAGACCGGUGUUUCCUCUCCACUCGAGCAUGCCACACCCCACUAUGACAUUCUCUCUGAUUCACUUUGUACGUCUUCGGACCAGUUUUUCCCAUCGUCCGAUAAUACAUCAGAUUUGCUUCAGCCCUUGUCUCCCAUGUCUUUCCACUCAUCUGUUGUAUUAAACCAGCAGGAAACCUCAUCUAUGAUCCAUUCCCAAUCAUCUGGCCAACAGUUGCAGCUUGCCCCGCUUCUUACUUUGAAGGAACAGCAAGCGGCAGCCUCCAACCACGGAAACGUAUCCAAGAGAGGACAUAACAUGCCUGUGGAGAUCUCGAUGUCUACAGUUAAUAACUAUGGCGAACAUAUGCAGCGAUAUCCCCCUAUUACAAGUCAUGAAUCCUCAAACUGUCAAAGCGAAUCCAUCACAGUGGAAAUGAAUGAAAACCACACAGAGAGUAAUGAAGGUAGUAGGCCUGCUGCUAUUCCUGGACCAAUACAACAUUAUACGGUUCUUUCCAAACCUGGGACCAACUUUCCAGUACCGGAUUCUACAAAAGAACAGCAGACCUUCAGAAUGAACAUGGUCAAAGAAUUACAGAUGGACAUUGAUAUCAAUAAGCAGAAAGAAGGAUGUGACACAACCUGUGUGUGGGAGCAGUCUGAUUUGUCCGGUGUGUUACAACAGUCAGCAUUAAGUGGGCCUAUGCAAACCAUAUUACAGAAGUCUGCAAGAAAAUUGCUGGAAAAGAAGACCGAGUGCUCUGAAUGUGGCAGGGUUCUCAGUAAUGCAUCUUCGCUGGAGAAUCACAUGAGGCUUCAUAGAGGUGAGAGGCCUUAUACCUGCUCCCAGUGUGGUAAGGCUUUCCCUAGCGUCCGAGGCCUCAACCGGCAUGUAAAAGUUCAUGCAGAGGAGAAAGGCUACAAGUGUGAGGAGUGCGGCAGGAGUUUCGUUUACCAGUUUACCCUGACCAAACACAAACUCAUCCACUCUGGAGACAGGCCAUUCCCGUGUAAAGUUUGCGGCAAGAAGUUCUUGGCCAAGGCAGACCGUGCUACUCACAUGCGCAUGCAUACAGGGGAGAAACCAUUUUUCUGUAAUCAGUGUGGAAAGACAUUCAAGCAUAGAGUUGCCUUGAACAUGCACAUGCAAGGGCACCGGGGGGAGAAACGCUACGUUUGCCCCCAUUGCGAGAAAGGAUUUGUGGAUUUGGGAAAUUUUAAGAGACAUAAGCGUAUCCACACCGGGGAGAAGCCAUUCGAAUGCAAAGUGUGUGGGAAGCGUUUCACUCAGUCAGCACACCUCAAGAAACACAUCAACACGCAACAUGUGGUAGUAAAACCAAAAUAAAAAGAUUUGAAUAUGUUAGUAAUAACCAUGAAAUAGAACCUCGUGAGAAAAUAUAUGUGUGAAUAUGUUUUUAUUUUUCAAAAGUUGGAUUAUCUACUGUUGUAUAGAAAUCUUUUUUUUCCCCCGAAGAGUUUGUAAGUGUUGUUUGUAAGCCUGUCCAACUGUGUUAUGAUAAUGUUGUUAUUUCCUAAUUCCAGAAAGGUAAAAGUUUAAUGUUGUCUCUGUGCUAUUUAUUAUUCCUUUUUUUAUAUAUAAUACCAAUGGGUCAAAAGUUUAUGCAUCUCAGGUUGAACAAUUCACUGUGAUAAUAAAAAUGAUUGCUGAUACACUGGUGGUUAUCUCAACUGGAACAUAAUAGACAAACAAAACCAAAUAAAAUGUGAACUGUUUAAUGAUAAA